CAGUUGGUUUGACUCAGAAGUGGUGUGGGGGGGGGGUCACCGUUUGAAGACACCAUAGCACUUACUUUACUUUUUUAACCAUCAGAUCCUGUUUUUCUUUCGUUUGAAAAAAUGUCUUCUUCUUCCAACUACUCCCUGGAUGGCAGCUUUCCUCCGUCUCCGGCGGGGGGCGAAGGUGCAAAGCGACUGUCCUGGGGCAGGCUGCUGCAGAGGCUGACUGAGCUGAAGGGGAGCAAGCAGAGGAUCACAGAUGACCAUCGGUGGAGCAGAAGGGGAACUGGGUCGGUGGCGGACAUCUCCUUGUCAGAAUCAGACAGCAGCUUCUUCUGUUACCCUCUGGAGGAAGCCCUGGCUGCCGACGUCGUAGCAACGAUAUCCCAGAGCCUCACAGACGCCUCGAAUGUCCUGGGCUGCUCCAAACUCGUCUUACCCAACUUACUGCUGCACAACAUCAGCCAGCAGCUGCUCCACCUGGCUGUCAGCGAACCCUGCGGCCUCAGGGGAGCACUGAUUGACCUGUGCGUGGACAACGGGGGCCAGGGCCCCCUGUGCGCCGUGGACCAAAUAGCCGUGGACGCCAGCCUGGUCUCCACCUUCCACGUGACCCUGGUGCUGAGGCUCGAGUCCGGUGGACUGUGGCCAAAAGUUCAGAAGCUCUUCAAGGGUCGCAAGUCAGAGACGUCUGCAAGGAACCAGGGCACUCGGAGGAUGAGUAAGAACUUCAGGGCCAUCAAGAGGAAACUGUAUUGUUCGGGGGCGCUGCUGAUUGAGGAGUGUUGCUGACCAAGCGCUCCGAGCUGAACUCGCAUGUGGGACUUGCUCUAGAAGGAGGCUGGUGGGAUAAAAGGUUGUUUUUUGUAAAUACAGUAGCUUAUGGGUCAAACAGGAUGGUUGUGAGUUACAACAUUGUAAUUACAAGUGUACCAAACUGUUCCUGGAAACAGACUGUGACUCACGGCAGCUGCUCACCUGGAUGCGUGUGACAUGAAACGGCAUCGAUUCAUGUUUGAUCAUGUGUUUGUUUCAUUCCUAUGAAUGUAAAGUCACAGCCUUAAGGGAACAACUCACGUAUUUUGAUAGUCAAAUGUGACCUAAAACAUGCGUUUUGUACUUUCAACUUGAACAUAUCGAAAUAAAUAUUUUGUUAAUGGC